UGCCGCUAGCUGCUCUUGCACUGGACUGAUCAAUUCCGUAUUGUUUUCAAGAUUCAUUACUCGUAAAACUCUGUUGAAUAUUUUUUCCAGGGUUGCCGCGAUAUUCAGCUGAAAAUGCCGAUCCGUAAACAUGUUUUGGCAAUGGCCUUCCCGGCGUUUGGCCAUUACAUUGCCAUGAUGGAGUUGGCCAAACGCAUCGUCCCACACCAUGACGUUACUGUGGUAAUUUCAGAUACCCGAAGGGAAGAAAUUCGUCAGCGCCACCUCGUGCCUCCCGCUCCCAUCGGAUUCCACACAGUGGAUGACCAUGUAUCCGAGCGGAUCGACGAGAACUUCACCGAUCUCCGCGUUUUGAUUAAUAUUAUCGAGAGCGCCAAACCUUAUUACAACCAUUUCAUCAGUAUGUUAAACACCGACAACUCACCAUUGCCCUUUGUGGAUGCCAUCUUCUGCGACAUCACUCAGCACUCUCCGUGCGACGCGAUUAUAGCCAAGGGCAUUCCAUUAUAUAUUGUCAACGUCUUACCGACGUUUUUGAUGGCGAAAGCGUUCACCAUUCAAGAAGAUACACCAACGGUGCCGGAUGAGACAUUCUUUAAGGAUGAGGUAGACGGAACGAAGGCGGCUGACUUGCCGGUUCAGGAAAGCAUUAAGACUCUGGCGUUUGGCCAUCAUCAUAAUUGCAAAGGUGCCCGCGCGAUGUUGUUCAAUUCGUUCGCGGAACUGGAGCCCGGAGCACUGGAAGCGUUCCAGCAGAAUCCGCGAACAAAGGAUAAAAUCCUGAAGUACAUCGGGCCCCUGACAACCCCGAGCGAUUCAGCGGUUGAUAAUGACGGUUUAGCCGAAAAGAUCAUGCAGUGGAUGGACAAGCAAAAAGAGCGCAGCGUGGUUUAUUUCUCUCUGGGAUCAAUCGCGGUGAUUUCCAAGGAACAAACCGUGCAGAUAGCGAACGCACUAAUGUCGCUGAAUCGACCUUUCGUCUGGUCAUUGCGACCCUUUCUGCAGGUGCACCUUCCCGAAGGCAUGAAAGGCCAGUCUGCUGACAGCUUCAAUCCUGACUCUAAAUACCUUAUUAUUCCAUGGACGCCACAGAAACGCAUCCUGUCGCACAAGGCAACCGCUCUGUUCGUCAGUCACUGUGGGUGGAAUAGUACACUGGAGACUGUUUCGUUUGGUGUGCCGAUUGUAGCUUGGCCGAUGUUCGGUGACCAGCAUUUCAAUGCGGUGCUGGUGGAGCAAGUGGGGAUUGGGCUAAAGGUCAAGGGCACCGGCAUGCUCAAUAAAAAAGCGGUGCCGGCGAGUGAGAUCGUUGAUGCCAUCGAGACCGUUGCUGGGUGGAAAAGUGGAGACGUGGAACAAACGGCCUUUGCGAAAGAGAUGAAGUAUAUGGGAGAAAAGGCCCGAGAAGCAGUUGGAGAAAAUGGCCCCUCAACCAAAAGUUUGCUUGAAAUUCUGGAUGCUAUUUAAAACUGUUUUCGACCGUUACAACAAAUCUGCUGCAACUGUGUCACAUUGUAAUGCUUAUUUAUUCUAUUAUUUGAUGCUUUGAUAAUCGUUUUUUUAGGUGUUAUGUUAUUUCCGUCUGGGAAUGUUUAGAUCCUAAACAUUUAUCGUCGCAGCUGUGGAAUUGUCUGUAUUUCUAAUAGGCUGCUUUAACGCUGCAGAUAGAAUUUUCGUGAUAUACUUGUUGUACUAUGUUUCCGAUACGUGCUCUCUCCGGAAACAAAGUAUAAA